UGAGCACCACUUCCUGUUGGCUGGUGACUAGAGGACGUUGGUGUCACAGAGGAGAGCGGCUCAGCAAGCGUCUUUAUUUCCCACUUAACUAAGAAAAGAAGCAACAACGACGAAAUGUUUGUCCGUGCCGUGAGACCCACCGUGAGCCUGGCGCGAAGCCUCUCCACCUCUUCGCAGAACAACGCCAAGGUGGCGGUGCUCGGCGCGUCGGGCGGCAUAGGCCAGCCGCUCUCCCUGCUCCUCAAGAACAGCCCCUUGGUGAGUCAACUGUCUCUGUACGAUAUCGCCCACACCCCCGGCGUGGCCGCUGACCUCAGCCACAUCGAGACCAGGGCCCAGGUGACCGGCCACAUGGGUCCGGGUGAGCUGGACGCUGCUCUGCAGGGCUGCGACGUGGUGGUCAUCCCGGCCGGCGUGCCCAGAAAACCCGGCAUGACCCGCGACGAUCUCUUCAACACCAACGCCACGAUCGUUGCCACCUUGGCCGACGCCUGCGCCCGCAACUGCCCCGAGGCGAUGAUCUGCGUCAUCGCCAACCCGGUCAAUUCCACCAUACCCAUCACGUCAGAGGUCAUGAAGAAGUAUGGCGUUUACAACCCCAACAAAGUUUUUGGUGUCACCACCCUGGACAUUGUCAGAGCGAACGCCUUCGUGGCCGAGCUCAAAGGUCUCGACCCGGCUCGCGUCAAUGUGCCGGUCAUUGGAGGUCAUGCCGGGAAGACCAUCAUUCCCCUGAUUUCCCAGUGCACACCGAAAGUGGAGUUCCCCGCUGACCAGUUGGCUGCCCUGACAGGCAGGAUCCAGGAGGCCGGCACCGAGGUGGUUAAGGCCAAGGCCGGCGCUGGAUCCGCUACCCUCUCCAUGGCCUACGCUGGGGCCCGGUUCACCUUCUCCGUCCUGGACGCCAUAAACGGAAAGGAGGGUGUGGUGGAAUGCGGGUAUGUCCGAUCAGAGGAGACGGAGUGCAAGUACUUCUCCACCCCUCUUCUCCUGGGGAAGAACGGCAUCGAGAAGAACCUGGGAUUGGGCAAGCUGACUGCUUUCGAGGAGAAGCUGGUGGCCGAUUGCAUUACCGAGCUGAAGUCUUCCAUCAAGAAGGGAGAGGAUUUCGUGGCUAAUAUGAAGUGAACGGGGAGGCGUUAAGUCGGUUGAGAAAGAAAAGCUUUUGUGAAUGGUAGUUUGUUUUGUCUCAACUUUAACAGCAUCUGUCAGGAUUUCCCCUUUUGUUUAACCAUUGGGGUCAUUUUGAUGAAGAAAUCCUGGUUUUAACCAAGGUCCUAAAGUAUCAUCCCCAAUAUGUUUUCAAACAUUGCUUUAUCUUGCACUAUAAUUACUGUACUGUGACUUAGAUAUAUUUUUUGCGAAUGUCAAAGUUGGACAGAAUUUCAUAUAUUUUCAUGUAAAGUCUGUAUUAACGGGAUUUCUCUGCUUAAUGACUGAGGAGGAAAUACUAUUACCAUGCCUGUUGAUGCUAUCAGAUGUUAAUGAUGAGCAAAAUAUUCACUCCACCAAUAAACAGUCUAGCUUUAAAUAAA